AUGGAGGUAGCCGAAAGCAGAGAACAAGCCUCCGUUGGACCGUCAACGGGGGCCGAAUCUACCAUGGCCAAUGGCGAAAGAAACCUCUUUCUCGAUGAUCCGCUCAUGGACGACGGACGCUCCAGUAGCCUGAGUGAGAUUGACGACGUAUCCGACAACGAGCCAUCUGACUUCGAAGACUCCCCCAAGCCCGAGAGGCAACUGGAAAAUGACUCGGAGGCGGAAACCGAGCGGCUCGAGGAUUCUCCCCACAACAUCCGAAAGCGAGAUAUUGUGAUUAGCGCUGGCAGUGCGGGCCCUAGCCCGAGCAAGCUUCACCAGUCAACUACCCUCGACGACGUCAAUGAAGAAGACGAGGAGGAGGAAGAAGAAGAGGAAGAGGAAGAAGUGCCAGUGGCGGACGACUCGCCCAGCAAGCGAAGGCCCUCCCAGAACAACGGAGUCCUUGAUGAAUCUCUUGAACUCGAUGAAAUGGAGCUGCCUGAUGGUUUCGGAAGGAAGCGCAAACGCGUCGAGGCCGGCGAUGAUGAGACCGGUACUGAAAUUGGCGACGUGGAACCGAUCAAGAAGCGCCGAAGCUCCAUUAAAAGCGAUCUGAGCGACCCAAUUGACGACGAUACCCCUCUGUCACCAGAGCCGAUGAUGGAUGACCCUACGGCGAUCAACGAAGAUGACGAAAUACCCGUCGACGACCUUCCCGAAUCAGAACUCCCGGCUGCAUCGGCCAAAGGAAAGAAAGCCAAGAAAGGCCAACGGAAGGGAAGACGGAGUGAAGAUGGGGAUGAAGAGAUGGAAACCGUUGGCGACCUCGCCGUCGAGGAUGUUCCUGAGGACGCUCUCGGCGAAGAUGAAGAGCCCGUGGACCGCGUCGAAGGACCCCAGAGCGCGGAAACAGCUGCGAGGGUGGAAGAAGAAUCCGCGAAGAAGACGUCGGCCAUGGAGUCGCUCGCGACGUUGGAGAGAGAAUUUGCAACGUUGCGUGAUAAGAUUUAUGAUGAGCGUAUCUCGAAACUCAAUCGUGAGCUCGACAUGCUUUCUGGGGACAACCCGACCCACCCCGAAUACUUGCGCCAGGUCGAAUGUGUGCAACGUUACCGGGAUGCCAAGAUCAAAUACGAAGAUACCUUGUUGCACUACCGCAUGAAGGCCCUGUUGAACAAGAGCUUGGCCGAGCGUGCGCAAGCACUCAGCACGUUCUUCCAAAAAGUUCGAGAAGUGCGCGAAACCCACUCCAGUGCGAUCAGCCAACAAUUCUACGCCAUUCAGCAUGACCGUUUCAAGACGGACGAUUUGAGCCCCCACCACGUCAUCCCAUUCCCUACCCGUCGGUCCCAGCAAAUUGCACACCAGGCCGCCUACAACCAGGAGGUUUCGGUCAUGGCUGGUGUCGCCAAGUAUGUCGGUUUCCCUGCAGCGCCGACUUUACUGGGAGCCCGACCGUCGGAGCUUGAUGAUGAUAUGGAGAAGAUGGGAAUUGCGGUCGAAUCUCGUGCCACGGCUCCGAGACAAUCUUCGUCUUCGACAUUACCACAGCCCCGGGGUACCAUGUCGGCCAUGUCAUCCAACAUGUUUCGCACUGCAGCUGCAGCUGAGGAAGCUUUCUUAGAGCACACUCCUUGGGCCAACCCCCAGCACCCGAUUCAUCAGCAACAGGCACAACAACAUCAGUACACUCAACAUCAGCGGCCCCAAGGACGACCCUUCGAGGCUCCCCAAGCGUCAUCAUUUGCAACCCCUGCAGCUCAAAAGCGGGUGGUGGAUGUGAACGCUCCAAACGGAUCAGCGUCUACCAUCCCUGAGAAUGCCUCGGCCGCCAACUCGUCGGCGAACAAUACUCCCUACGGUAUCGAGCAAGAUCCACGAAACUCAAAUCAGGGACCGUGGCGGAAUCUGGACUAUGAUAUCGAACGCAAAUCUGGCUUCCGUUCCCAAAGCUCCUCCCCGCUUGAUGUGCGGAAAUCUCAACCGCACCCAGCUCAUGGCCUCGAGCACCGCUCUCCAGCCACCGACAUCUCUUCCGCCCGCAACCCCCUCUUCUCCCCCCCCCGCUGCUCGAUCAAGUUUGUUCCCACCACCCACUGGCCCCAAACCCGAUGCCUCCUCUCUCCCGUCAAAACCCAUUGA